AUGUCUGGUUUAGUCGAUCCCGUGGCACAAUUGCUCAAGGAGACGCCUGCCUUGAUCCUGGAUGGCGCCCUUGCGACUGAACUUGAAACCCGUGGACUCGAUCUCAGCUCGAAGUUAUGGUCGGCCAAAGCCUUGGAAGAAACACCAGAAGCCAUUUAUGGAGUCCAUCUUGAUUACUUCAAAGCUGGCGCUGAUAUCGCCAUCACCGCCAGCUAUCAAGCUACCCCACUCGGCCUGUUUCAACACCUGGGCAUGAGCCUUGAACAGUCACAGAAGCUCAUUCGUCGUAGCGUCGAGCUCGCUCAGAAAGCUCGUGACACGGUCCUCCAGGAGGAGCAGAAAGAUUUUUCAAACCAACCAAGAAGGCUUUUGGUCGCGGGAAGUGUUGGUCCUUACGGUGCUUUCCUCGCCAACGGAAGCGAGUAUAGGGGUGACUAUCACCUGUCAAACGACGAGUUCAAGGAUUUUCACAGGCCUCGCAUCGAGGCUUUAGUGGCAGCCAAUGUCGAUAUCUUGGCUUAUGAGACCAUUCCUUCCUUGCCGGAAAUCAAGGCCUUGAUUGAACUGCUCGAGACCGACUUCCCAAACACACCGGCUUGGUUGGGUGUUACGCUGAGAGAAUCCGACGCAUCUCUGCUGAGUGAUGGCUCACCAAUGUCUGAGGUCGUGCAAUUGGUCAAUUCUUGCAGCCAAAUUGUAUCUGUAGGCGUCAACUGUAUUCCCGAGCAGAACGUGUCCGCAGCAUUGGAUUAUCUCAGACCCCUGACCGACAAACCUUUCAUUGUGUACCCAAACUCUGGCGAGACCUGGAACGCAGAAGCCCGAAAGUGGAACGGCCCCCGUGUGGAGGGCAAGGAACAUGCUGAGCUGGUUCGAGAAUGGUUCGGCAAAGGCGCUAGACUGAUCGGAGGUUGUUGUCGUACUGGCCCCAAGGACAUUCAGAACACCCGGGAGACUAUCGCAUCCCAAUAA